ACUUUUCAAUUAUUCUCUCUUUGAAUUCAUCACUUGAUCUUCUUUUCUCUUUGUCAACUAUAUUCUUCCUUAAAAUCACUUUUUUAUAUUUGUUUAAUAGAUUUUGUUGGUGGUUUUUGGAUUUUGGAACUUUAAAAGAGAAUCACCAAGACUAAUAGGUUUUGGACUAUCAGAAUAUGACUGUGGUGGUGAAAGAUGAUAAGAUGAAUGAUCUCAAAGAUCAGUUUCCUAUUGGAAUGCGUGUUCUUGCUGUUGACGAUGAUAGAACAUGCCUCAAGAUUUUGGAGAGAUUGCUUCAAAGGUGUCAAUAUCAUGUAACCACUGCUCAAAACGCGAUAACGGCUCUGAAUUUGUUGAGAGAAAACAAAAACAAUUUUGAUCUUGUAAUCAGUAAUGUUCAUAUGCCUGACAUGGAUGGAUUUCAGCUGCUUGAGCUUGUAGGACUUGAAAUGGACCUACCUGUCAUAAUGUUUUCUGCCAAUGAUGAUCCAAAGAUGGUGAUGAAGGGAAUUGCUCAUGGAGCUUGUGAUUAUCUGCUGAAACCUGUUAGAAUGAAGGAAGUGCAAAUCAUUUGGCAGCAUGUAAUCAGAAAGAAGAAGACUUGUAAAACAAGCAAUCAAAAUGUGCCUAAUUCGGAUAGCGGAAAUGGAAUAGAUUCAGCAGUGACAGCGAAUUCGGAUCAAAAUGUAAAGCCAUCCAAAAAAAGGAAGGAUCAGAGUGGUGAUGAUGGUGAGGAGAAUGAUGAUGAUCAUGACAAUGAGGAUCCAACGGCUCCGAAGAAGCCUCGAGUUGUUUGGUCCGUGGAGCUACACCGCAAGUUUGUUGCUGCUGUUAAUCAUUUAGGCGUUGAUAAAGCUGUGCCUAAAAAGAUACUUGACUUGAUGAAUGUUGAAAAGCUUACAAGGGAGAAUGUGGCAAGCCAUCUUCAGAAAUAUAGACUCUAUCUGAAAAAACUUAGUACAGUGCCAAACCAACAAGCUAACAUGGAAGCAGCAUUAGCUAGUUCAGACAUAUCCUAUUCAAGAUUGAAUUCUCUCAAUGGUGUUGGAGGAAAUUUGCAUACAUUGAGUGCCUCUAGACAGUUUCAUAACAACAACAAUCCUUUCAGAACCUUUCCAUCUAAUGGCAUGACUAAUAUAUUGAACCCCAAUGUGCAUGGAAUUGCUUCUUCUGGAACUCAUCAGUUGAGUCAUACACAUAAUGAUCAGCUUAAGUUCCAAUCGGUCGUCCCUCGCGCCAAUCCGAUAAAUCUUGAUCAAUUGCAACACAAUAGAGGUAUUAGUCCUAUGCAAAAUGUGACCAAUAAACUCUCAAAUUAUAAACCAAAAGUACCUUGUUCGGUUUUCGAUAUCUCGAACAAACCCUUGUUGCUGGAAGCAAACCCUCAAGACAAACAAUACAAAAUCAAUUUAGCUUCACAUCAGCCUCCACAAUACAAUGAUAUAUGGUCAAACACUAUGCAGUUACCACAUGAUUCAAUGAAUUCACAAGCUGUUGUUUUUACUAGUACUAAUAAUGUGGCAUUUCAAGAUUGGGAUAGUAACAAUAAUAUUCAUGAUGAUGGAAGUUAUCAUUCUCAAGCGAUUGGUAAUUCAGUAGGAACUAUGGUUCCUGUUGAAUCAGAAGGUAACUUGGCCUACAAUUAUUGUGAUCAUUUACAAAUGAAGCCUGACGCAAUUGCCGAAUUAACAGAAUAUAACUCAUUGAAACCACAUCAGGUAUUUAUGAUGAAUCACAUGAAGGGUCAAAAUACUGGAAUCUCUCAUAAUCUUGGUUCAUUGGAAGACUUGGUUUGUGACAUGAUAAAACAGAAACAAGAGAAGGUGAAAUCAAUGGAUGGAUAUUUGUAUGAAAAUUAUUCUGGUGGGACAUCUAUGUGACAUCAAGAUUAGAUAUAGGCACCAAGUCAUGCUUGUUGGUGAAAUUUUGUAGAAUGUGGCAAUUUUUCAUAUAUAGAUUUUCUUGUCCAAGUUUUAUCUUCUCAAAGGGGUGAAGCUUCUCUUAUUAGAUUUUUUCUUUCUAGCAAAAGGGCUUUUUCUCAAAAUAUGUGAAAACACAUUGUUGUUCACACUGCCCAAUAGUACUUUUUGGAGUUGACCAUGUUUUAUUUUUUGCAAACAUGCUUUUUUUUUUUCUUGCUAAUUGGUUAGUGUUACAAAAGCAAGAAUAAGAUAAUUACUACAAUGAAAAUAAGUAUUGUGGGCUUUUCCAUAUCUAAAAUGCAAAUAUUGGCUUUAUUAUGAACAUCA